AAAAACGGAGGGAGUUAUUGAAGCCACACAGCAAGCCCACAACAAGCCCAAGACUGUCAUUGGAGAAGUCCAUAGAAAUCCAUGUAACUAGGGUUCUACCAUCUAGUAUAAAUAAUAGUUUAAGACUUUGUAAAAACUUAUCUUGGCUGCCAUAAGAGCAGCUCUCUUCCACUUAAUGAAAUAUCAGUUCAUCUACUUGUGUUCUUGGUGACAAUCUAGAGUUCAUCUUCUCUUUACUUUCUUCUUUUUUAUAAAUAAAGCUCUAUGAGCUAUUAGUCUUCAAUAAGCUUCUUAGAGCACAAAUCUAUCUUUAUAUUCAAAUGUCUUCAUGGUAUCAGAGCUUCAGUCGGUUCAUGGGUUAUUCUAUCCUCUUCUAGCUUCCGUGCACUCUUUCUAAGCCAUCUCAAGCUUCCAACAAGCUCUCUCAGAAAAACAAGGAGUUAAUGGGUGUUCUUUCAUCACGUUCAGCUUCCUCAACCUUAAGUCAGCUUCAUUGUUUCGUGGGUAUGGUCUCUGAAGUCGAAAUCCAAAAAAAGGAGGAGACUUUCUACGAUUUGGUUGCACUUAUGAAAAUUCAAGAAGAACGAGUCAGCAAGGUUGUGGUAAUGUUGGAAGCCAUGGACGCUCGUUUCUGAAGACGUGAAGGCAGUAGAGUCACAAGUUCCUCAAGUUUUUCAGAGACAUGUGAGAGCAAGGAUUUAAUGACAGUGCUAAAGCUUCUCAUCUUAUCAUCCACGGUAACUUCUUAUUCCUUCUAGGACAGAACAUGAAGCAAUGCUUGAUAGUUUGAGAAGGAAAGUUGCUGGUUUAGAUAUAGGUCUGUAAUUGUGAAGGUAGGAUGAAGCGUACAUUCAUUGGGUUUGAUAGUGAGGAAAUUGGGUUUGAUCGUGAUGAGAAUAGGGCUAUAAGUUACUGAUUUUAUUGGAUGCACAGAAGGUGCUCGAUAAAAGGCCAAAGAGAAAGUCAGAAAGUCUGAUGCAGAUUGUAGAUGGUUAUUGAAUGGAAGAAAGAUAGUGGGUAUGGAUACAAGUUGUUGUGGGAAGGUCCCUUUUUGUUAUAAGACAAAAAAAAAAAAUGUUAGAGUUAAACGGGUCACAAGAGAAUCCGGACUCUUUGUGAGAAAGAAAGGUCACAAUGUACCUCUGAGUGAGAUCGACUAAGCUCUCCAAGUUCAAGAGAAACCUCUGAGUGAAGCCAUGCGAUACUCUCCAAGUAUAGACCAACAAUCUCUUUUAUGUGGUGAAUUGAAGACUACACCUAGCCAUGUGAUCAUGCUUCCACUACUUAUUCCACCAAGCCAUCUGCAUUUGCGGUUCAAACUUGUCAUCUUGCAUUCACCCGACGCCAAGUUUGCGGGGGAGUAUUGAAGCCACACAGCAAGCCCACAACAAGCCCAAGACUGUCAUUGGAGAAGUCCAUAGAAAUCCAUGUAACUAGGGUUCUACCAUCUAGUAUAAAUAAUAGUUUAAGACUUUGUAAAAACUUAUCUUGGCUGCCAUAAGAGCAGCUCUCUUCCACUUAAUGAAAUAUCAGUUCAUUUACUUGUGUUCUUGGUGACAAUCUAGAGUUCAUCUUCUCUUUACUUUCUUCUUUCUUAUAAAUAAAGCUCUAUGAGCUAUUAGUCUUCAAUAAGCUUCUUAGAGCACAAAUCUAUCUUUAUAUUCAAAUGUCUUCAGGAGAGAGUCACCAUCAAGACCAAUGGGGCAUGAUAGAAAGUUCACUUGGGUGAUUAAAAAUUUCUCAUCUUUGGAGUCUGAGAAAAUAUAUUCUGAUCAAUUCGUCAGCGGUGGCUGCAAAUGGCGUCUCAUGGCCUUUCCCAAGGGAAAUCGUGGAUGAUACAUUGUCCAACCUCUGACUCUGACAAAGACAAAGCUGGAUGAUGGUUGUGAUUGGGUGGAUGCCAAUGGGUUUCAAGUUCUUUCUUCACAGGUGAAACUCGUGAACCGUAUCUUUGAAAAACAUCCCGACAUUGCAUUACAAUUCCGUGCAAAGAACCAACAUCUGAGGACAGCAUGCAUGACUGUCCUACUCUCCCUGAUCGAAACACUCUGCCAGUCACCUCAGGAGCUUUCCAGCGAAGAUCUGGUGGAAGCACAGAAUGCACUAGCGCACGUGAAAGAUGCGGGAUUUAAGGUGGAUUGGUUGGAGGAGAAGCUCGAGAAAGUGAAGGGAAAGAAGGAGGAGGAGCAGACUGGUGAGGCUCGGAUGCAAGAGUUAGAGGAAGAACUGAAGGACCUUAAGCAAAAGUGCUCAGAGAUAGAAGCUUCGUUGGAGAAAGAGAAGGCAAAGGUGUCUGCCGCCAAUCAUCUAACACUGGAUGAGUUUAUCUAACUUGGGUCUCCUGCUUACUGUGUUCUGGUGUGUUCGUUUCAGUCUCUAGGGUGUUUUAAUUGUAAUGAACGGAGUGUCAAUGGAAAACGAUGUCUUUUUUCUAUGCCUAUAUGAACGGAUAAUUGCCUCUAAAUAGUUACUUAAAGCUUUUCAGUUUU